GUGAUUUUCCCUCCAUCACCGUGUUGAUGAUCUGGGCCUUUUUGCAGCAUGCAGUCACCAUUGUGUCUGGCCUUGUAUUUACCUUUUACAUAAUCUCAUAUUUCUCUGUCCCAUGCUUCCAUAAUAAUUAUUCUAUUCUGUGUCUCCUGUAUAAAACACGCACAUGCCUUCUUCUCCCUGUGAUUGAACAUGGAUGUGAUCCUGGCCGGGGAUGGGCCAGUGUUUGGAUCUCCAUGCGGAUGUGACAUUUCAGAGAAGAGCGCGGCCGCCAUUUUGAGAUUUCUCUGAGACUGAGCAGAUCUCAGGCCGGACGGUAGGAGCGGGUUUGAGAGCUACACGGCUCAGGCUAACGUUGUGUGACCGGGGAACCUUCUUCACCACAAACCUAGAGGUUAGCCAGAGAUGCAGCAGAGAGCCGCGUUCAGUCGUUCAUCGUGUUAGGGUCUGUUUUGGAGGUUUCUGUCAGGCCGUGGAAACUCUCGUCUCCUUCCAAAUUAACGUUAGUGCUGUUCCGGAUUGGAAACGGCUUUGAAUGGAUAGCUUCUUCCUCCGCUCUCCCCCAGACGAGGGACAAUCGGAGGAGCACACGGACUGGGGAUAUCGCAGGCCAAGUUGUUGAAUGUGUGUCAAUAUCAAAUGAGCCUUUGUUUUCAUUGUUGUUGUACCUUUAUCACGAGUGGGCUGCUAGCUUAAGGUUAGCUACAAACAGAGUUUUUGUUCCUCCAGGCGCAGGUCGUGCUGUGCGUUGUGUUCUUAGUUUACCCCACAUUUCCAGGGGGUAAAGCCGGAUUCAUUUAGCUCAUUGCAGCGGGCCUUCCUCCUUUGGAGCCCCCAGUCCUACCAUCACAUCCACCCCCUGCAGUCAGACAGCGACUCGCACCCACCAACGGCGCCGAGAUUGGGCGAAUAGCGAGCAAAUACGUCCGCGUUUCUCUACCCGCUCCCCCGCCGACCUCCCCUCCUCACUCCCCGGCGCUGACAGCGGACAAGGCCGAGGUCGCAGCAGAGCAGGCCCGGCCGCCGAGGCUCGACCUGUCCACCCCACCUCCGCAUCCUACCACACCUCACCAGCAGUCCAGAAACCGGCUCCCAACCGAGGCGACCCUGGACAAGGUCGAGGGUACCACAGAUAGCAAGGAGCCCCGUAUCACCUCCUCCACCACAACAACAACAGCUGCGAACAUGAACCACCAUCACCACCACACGCAGCAGCAGCAGCAGCAGCAGCAGAAAGCCGGCGAGCAGCAGCUCAGCGAGCCGGAGGACAUGGAGAUGGAAGCUGGGGACACAGACGACCCUCCAAGAAUCCCAGCCAACCCUGUGAUCAAUGGUAACGUGGCCAUGGCAGACGGACACAACAACACAGAGGAAGACAUGGAGGAUGAUACCAGUUGGCGGUCCGAGGCGACGUUCCGCUUCGUCGUGGAGCGCUUCAGCCGCCUGAGUGAGUCGGUGCUCAGCCCGUCCUGCUUCGUCCGAAACCUCCCGUGGAAGAUAAUGGUGAUGCCGCGCUUCUAUCCGGACCGACCACACCAGAAGAGCGUGGGCUUCUUCCUGCAGUGCAACGCAGAGUCAGACUCAACGUCAUGGUCAUGCCACGCUCAGGCCAUGCUCAAGAUCAUCAACUACAAAGACGACGAGAAGUCCUUCAGCCGCAGGAUCAGUCACCUGUUCUUCCAUAAAGAGAACGACUGGGGAUUCUCAAACUUCAUGUCCUGGAGUGAUGUGACUGAUCCAGAGAGGGGCUUCGUUGACGAUGACAAAGUCACCUUUGAAGUCUACGUUCAGGCUGACGCUCCACACGGAGUCGCCUGGGACUCUAAGAAACACACAGGCUACGUUGGUCUGAAGAACCAGGGAGCUACCUGCUACAUGAACAGCCUGCUACAGACACUCUUCUUCACCAACCAACUGCGGAGGGCGGUGUACAUGAUGCCCACAGAGGGAGACGACUCCUCCAAGAGCGUUCCUCUCGCACUGCAGAGGGUUUUCUACGAGCUGCAGCACAGCGACAAACCCGUCGGCACCAAGAAACUCACCAAGUCCUUCGGAUGGGAAACACUAGACAGCUUCAUGCAGCAUGAUGUACAGGAGCUGUGCAGAGUGCUCCUGGACAAUGUGGAGAACAAAAUGAAAGGCACUUGUGUUGAGGGAACAAUCCCUAAGCUCUUCAGAGGAAAGAUGGUGUCAUACAUUCAGUGUAAACAUGUGGACUAUCGGUCAGAGCGGAUAGAGGACUACUAUGACAUCCAGCUUAGCAUAAAAGGAAAGAAGAACAUCUUUGAGUCCUUCAAAGAUUAUGUCGCAACAGAGCAGCUGGAUGGAGACAACAAAUAUGACGCAGGAGAGCAUGGCCUGCAGGAGGCAGAAAAGGGAGUGAAGUUCCUCACCUUUCCUCCAAUACUCCACCUGCAGCUGAUGAGGUUCAUGUACGACCCACAGACCGACCAAAACAUCAAGAUCAAUGACAGGUUUGAGUUUCCAGAUCAGCUACCCCUGGAUGAGUUCCUUCAGAAGCCAGACUCUAAGGAUCCGGCCAACUACAUCCUGCAUGCUGUGCUGGUGCACAGCGGGGACAAUCAUGGCGGUCACUACGUCGUCUACCUUAACCCAAAAGGAGACGGCAAAGUCAGUGUCAAGGAACCAAUCUGGUGUAAGUUCGAUGAUGAUGUCGUGUCACGGUGCACCAAGGAGGAGGCCAUAGAGCACAACUAUGGCGGACACGAUGAUGACCUGUCAGUGCGCCACUGCACCAACGCAUACAUGUUGGUCUACAUCCGCGAGUCCAAGCUCAGUGAAGUCCUCCAGCCGAUGACUGACGUGGACAUCCCACAGCAGCUGGUGGAGCGUCUGCAGGAGGAGAAGAGGGUGGAGGCACAGAAGAGGAAGGAGCGCCAAGAGGCUCACCUCUACAUGCAGGUCCAGAUGGUGACAGAGGACCAGUUCUGCGGUCAUCAGGGCAACGACAUGUAUGACGAGGAGAAGGUGAAGUACACAGUCUUCAAGGUCCUGAAGAGCUCGACGCUGCAGGAGUUUGUCCAGAACCUCUCUCAGACCAUGGGUUUCCCACAGGACCAGAUGAGGCUGUGGCCCAUGCAGGCCCGGAGCAACGGCACCAAGCGGCCCGCCAUGCUCGACUACGAGGCCGACUGCAACAAGUCGAUGAUCGACUUGAGCGACAACGAGAACCCCUGGACAAUAUUUCUGGAGACUGUGGAUCCAGAGAUGGCUGCCAGCGGGGCCACGUUACCCAAGUUUGACAAAGACCACGAUGUCAUGUUAUUCUUGAAGAUGUAUGACCCCAAAACCAGAAGCUUAAAUUAUUGUGGACAUAUCUACACACCUAUAUCCUGCAAAAUAAGAGACCUGCUGCCAGUCAUGUGUGAGCGAGCAGGGUUUCAGCAGGAAACUAGCCUUAUCCUCUAUGAGGAAGUAAAGCCCAACCUAACAGAGCGGAUACAGGACUACGACGUCUCUCUGGACAAGGCCCUGGAUGAGCUCAUGGAUGGGGACAUCAUUGUCUUCCAGAAGGACGACCCAGAGAACGACAGCAGCGAGCUGCCGACGGCCAAGGACUACUUCCGGGACCUGUACCACCGCGUGGACGUCAUUUUCUGUGACAAGACCAUCCACAACGACCCGGGCUUUGUGGUCACGCUUUCUAACCGCAUGAACUAUUUUCAGGUGGCGAAGACAGUAGCACAGAGGUUGAACACAGACCCCAUGCUGCUGCAGUUCUUCAAGUCACAGGGGUACAGGGACGGUCCAGGGAAUCCUCUCAGACACAACUAUGAGGGAACGCUGCGGGACCUGCUGCAAUUCUUUAAACCUCGGCAGCCCAAGAAACUGUACUACCAGCAGUUAAAGAUGAAAAUCACAGACUUUGAGAACAGGAGGAGUUUUAAAUCCAUAUGGCUCAACAGCCAGUUCAGAGAGGAGGAGAUCACCCUCUACCCUGACAAGCACGGCUGUGUUCGUGACCUUUUGGAAGAAUGUAAAAAGGCCGUGGAGCUCUCCGAAAAAGGCUCUGAGAAGCUCAGGCUGUUAGAGAUAGUAAGCUAUAAAAUCAUCGGGGUUCACCAGGAGGACGAGCUGCUAGAAUGUUUAUCUCCAGCUGCCAGCCGCACCUUCAGAAUAGAGGAGAUUCCUUUGGACCAGGUGGACUUGGACAAGGACAGCGAAAUGCUAAUCCCUGUUGCUCACUUCCACAAGGAGGUCUUCGGCACCUUCGGGAUCCCGUUCUUGCUGAAGAUCAGACAGGGCGAGUCUUUUCGGGAAGUGAUGAGGAGGAUCCAGACCAUGCUGGACAUCCAGGAGAAAGAAUUUGAGAAGUUCAAGUUUGCGAUCGUGAUGAUGGGCCGGCAUCAGUACAUCACUGAAGACGAGUAUGAGGUCAACCUGAAGGACUUUGAACCACAGCCAGGUAACAUGUCCCACCCGCGCCCCUGGCUAGGGUUGGAUCAUUUCAACAAAGCUCCAAAGAGAGGACGCUACACCUACCUGGAGAAAGCAAUCAAGAUCCACAACUAAAAAGCUGCCCACCCUUCCUCUUUGUCCUCCUCCUCCUCUUCCUCCUCCUCCUUUCCCUCCUCCUCCUCCUCUUCCUGCCUCCUGCUCCAGCUCUGCCUUCCUCCCUACCUACUUUAACACACCAUAACAACAGACUGUAACCAACUGUGUGAGUUUGUGUGUGAGAGACUGCGUGUGUGCUUGCGUGUGUGUGUUCAUCACUUUUAACACCCCGCCUGGACACCUCUACAGCUCUACACCGGCACUAUGUCUCCAGCGAAAUGGAUCUCGCUGCAGCUGACGGAUUUCCCCUCAACCACAAAAUAAACUGCACCAACCAUC